UUUCUGAACAUCCUUCUGUGAAAGAACUUAUUGGGUUUAAAUAUUCUGAAGUUAUAUCUACCUUGCUAUAUAAAAGCAAACUAGUAUAGUUUAAUGGGCAUCAAAAGUGCAGUACUUGGUUGAUAGCACUCAUAAGUAGAUCUGUCAUAACAAACCUACAAGAUCUGUUUUUGAUAAAUUCGCCCAAUUCUUAAAACUUUUGUUAAUUUACUUUCUUCAUAAGAACUGUGGAUUAUAAUAUUGGUAGACUAGAUGUCAAAGCUAGAUUGAAAGCUAAAACCUGCUACCUUUCAGCAGUCAAAGGAUCAUAUUUCUGUCAUUUCUUUCUGACACUCCGGGAAUUUCUUAGCUGAAGUUAUUAGAGAGCUAAGAGGUAACUCAUGCUCCGUUAGUUCUUGGAGGGUUUGAAGUAAUUUUCUGCAUUUUGCUCUAUGUCGAUGGGCUCAGGAUUAAGAAUCUAAUUUGGCUCCUUUUGAAUGAAAUUCAAGCUGCUGAUUAUUUGUCUAGUAAUUACAUUGAGAAGAUACAAACAGGAAUGUUUUUAGGGAAUUUAUGUUUUGAUCUCCAAAUGUAGCAUUAGGUAACUUAGUU